CAUAUUUAUUAAAAAGAAAAUAAAGUUUCUUUAAACGGAAUCAUGUCAGCAGUUGCUAAAUGAAUUCUUAUACGCUGAUUAAAUUGUGAACAAACGGCAAACUAUUCAUGAGAAAGAUUGCAUGAAUAACUUCAAUAUGUUUGAAAGAAAUCAAAACUAUGUACAUAUGAAUAACACUUAAAAUAUGAACGCAUUGUAUACGCAAUAUAAGGAAAGCAGUUAAUGGAAUCAUAAGCUUAGUGUUUAUGGAGGCAAAAGAUAACCUGUAUUACUGAUUAAUGGAAGUUUUAUUGGCACUUUUUAUAAUAUAUCGUGUGGCGUAUAACCUUCAAGGUUUUUCUUUAUAUCGUUAUGUGUGCAAGUUUAUCUACCUUUUGUAUCUUACUAAUUUUCGUUGCCCAGCGUUACUCGAUAAUAGUUAUUCGUUCGUUUUAUAUUUCUGAGCUGUUCAAAUCUGAAUCUGCCUGUAUUUGUCGUAUAAAAGACGUGGAAAGUGGUGGUGCGAGAGUGGCGCAAGUUUCAGUCAGAAAUUUUUGUUUUGAAUAUCUGAUAGUAAACAGUUGGCACUGGAUGAAAAAUAUAUAAGUUUCAUUUGAAUUAAUAAAGAAUUGAAUGGAAAAAUGUAUUAAAUUAUUAACCGUUCCAACAUAAAUAAAGUGUUAAAGAUUGAAUUAAAGCCAAUUUUCAAAUUUAAUUUAAAUAAAUUAAGAAUACAAAAUUUGUCAACAACAUCAACUUUUGGAAAAACUUGCUGGAAUCCAUGUAUAUUACAACCAUAAAACGACAAAUAACGCGAACUUCAUCGACUUGUUAUAAACCGGUGCACGAUAAAAAUAUCGAAUAAUCGUUGUGCUAUUUAGAUUACAUUUAUCUUUCUUUAAAGUCAGAGGAAAGGACACCAAUAACAAACAAUCAUAUGUGCACAUAUAUGUACACAAACAUCAGCAGGUGCAACAUUUAAAACAUUUUUUACAACAAUAACAUGUCUGAUCUUGGCAGUGGCGACGAAGGCAUUUCUGGUUCAAAAUACAAUGCAAGCGGCAUGGAAGGCACAGGUGGAAGAAGUGACUUCGAUUCUUCUGGCAAGGCUCAAGCCGGUGCACAGCAAGGUGAACAAGAAUUGGCAACAAAAAUGCUACAAAUACAAUCGAAACGAUUUUAUUUGGAUGUGAAACAAAAUCGACGUGGGCGAUUCAUCAAAGUCGCAGAGAUUGGUGCAGAUGGCAGACGUAGUCAAGUGUAUUUGGCUUUAUCGACAGCCGCUGAAUUCCGUGAUCAUCUUUCAACAUUUAGCGAUUAUUAUGCUUCUUUGGUCAAAUUCGCAGGGCCACCAAAUCCAGAUAACCUCCCUGAGGAUGGAAAAUUGAAAUCGGAGAUGAUGAUCAAAGAUAAUAGACGAUAUUAUUUAGAUUUAAAAGAAAAUGCGCGUGGUCGAUUUUUACGAGUAUCGCAGACUAUAACAAGAGGUGGUCCAAGGUCACAAAUAGCUAUACCAGCUCAAGGAAUGAUCGAAUUUCGCGAUGCGCUCACAGAUUUACUUGAAGAGUUUGGUACCAAUGACGGCGGAUUUAAAGGUGAUCUGCCCGAAGAACGCCACAUGAAGGUGGACAAUAAAAAUUUUUACUUUGAUAUUGGACAAAAUAAUCGUGGGGUUUAUAUGCGCAUUAGUGAGGUGAAAAGUAAUUUUCGCACUGCUAUAACUGUGCCAGAAAAAUGUUGGCUACGCUUUCGUGACAUUUUUAACGACUAUUGCGACAAAAUGAAGAAAUCGUCCGACACAUCGUCUAUCACUGCCGAUAAUAAUAUUCAAACUCCUGCUAACAGUCUAAAAUAAAAUUUACGCAAUGUAAUUAAAAUACAAUUUCGGAGGUUAUACAUUAUAAAAUAAAAUUAAAUAAUUACAAUUACAAAUGGAAAUUCUAAUUCGACAAAACCAAGGAAAUGUUGAAGUUAUAUUUUAUUAGAAUGCAUACUUAAUAAAAUAAAUCUUAUUUCAUGUUGUAAUUAAAAAAAACUGAAAAAGAGAAAACUAGUUACUACUAUAAAUGUUAGAUCAAUUGAUAAUAUAAAUGAAGGACGUUGUUACGUAGAUGCUUCUUUACAUACUGGCAUCUAUGAAUUAAGAUUAAUGGUUUUUUCGGAUACCGCUAAAAAUUAAAUAUAAAAUCAAGUUAAUCAACGAUUCUUCAUAUUGUUAUUUAGCUAUCAUAUAAUUUUAAGGUUUGGUUUUUACUAUCGAGAAAAAUUUAUUUGCAACAUGUAAACAUUUUUAUGCAGGAAUAUACAUAUAUAGGAUAAGGAAACUGCAUGUGGUUCCAAAUAGUACCUAAAGUCUACUGAGCGCAGCAGAUUUACUAUCUAAUUUUCCUCAUAAUCAUUAAUUUUCAUAUUACAUACACAUCUUAAGAAGAAUAACGUAAUAGAUUAAAAAAAUAUUAUUAUACUAUUAUAAUAUACUUAAAACAAGCUCCGAUACAAAUCCAUAAGAAUUAGAAAAACUAUUUUUGGUAACAAUGAAGUUAAAACUGAAAUGCUUAAUGAUAAUAAAAAAAAUAUGUUGUGAAAGAGACAAAAAGAGAACAUAUAUUAAAAAAUUAUGAAACGAUAGUUUUAAAAUAUAGUGAUAACAUUGUAUCAAAAAUAUAUAAUUUAUAUUUUAUGUUACCUCUAGCUUUUUGAAAACCUAACUGUUGAAAUGUAAUGAAAAACAAAACGGAAUUAAAUUCUAAAUGUGUAAAAAAAUAUGUUUAAAUUGUUUUAAGUAAUAUUGUUGAUUUCAACUUAAGAAUUGAGAGAAAAAAAUAUUAUAGAGCCAGAAAAUCUGUGAAUGCUGCACCAUUAAUAAUAUUGUAUUAUAUGCAAAUAUAAAAUAGAUAAAGAUGUUAAAUAACUAAUUGACUAAACAAUUAGUGGAAAUAAUUUAAUGCUAAACUAAUAAUAAAAUGGAAUUUAAUGUGUAACAAGUAAAUGUUAAGGUCAAUAAUAAAUGUCAAAAAGAGAUAUUUCAGAGCAAAAGAAAGGAAAUAGAAGAUUUUGUUAAACCGUAAAAUAAAAGCAUUUCCAUGCUAUUUCCAAUAAAAAUUUAAAAUUACACUCUUA